UCUUUCGCUGUGUGCUUCGGAUCAGAACACACAUCAGUGAAAGGAGACGUUGCCAUGGCUCCAAAGAAGGCCCAGCCCCAGCAGGCGUCGCCUACUUUGGGAAAAAGGAGAAUUUGUGGCCCUUCACAAUCACUGCGCUCUCCUGCACUUAGUCAGGUGGGGGGCCGUAUCGAGUCUCUAGUGGCAAGUUUGUCGGGCAAUCCAGAGGCAUUUUCCCACUUCGCAUCUGAGAUGGAUGGCCUCAUUCAGUGCUUUGCCUCUCAGCCCAGUGCACAGGCCGGGCCUUCUACACUGACUGCCCAGCCGGGUCCAGUCUCUUCAUCCUCUAGUGAUGACUCAGAGGAUUUUCAGGUUUCAGGGGUUUUAUUCUCUGAUCCCCAAUUGGUCGGGGUCUCAACCCCUAUUGCCUCUCAUGGUUGUACACGUCAAAGGGGCGCAUCGACCCAAAGGCUUCGCAGGUGGCAGGGGCAUGCUGGUGCCUCUUCGGCAGGUAGGGAUACUGCACGGUCUUUAGCAGGCCCUUCCAUUGCUGCAGCUCCUUCACCAGUGGUUUCUCUUCAGUCUCUCCCAGGUACCUCCCGCCAGGGUCCGGCUUCGGAGUCUUCUACUGAGGACAACCUACCUGUGCCUCCAAGGACAUCUUCCGGUGGUAAACAUCGCAAGAAGCAUUCCAGGAAGAAGGCCAAGAGGAGCAGGCGUGAUACGUCCUCUUCCUCCACAGAUGGAGUGGUUCAGGUCCCUGGCUCCAGAGGCGCAGCUAUGUCCGAAAUAUUUCCCAGAUCAUCUCUGGAACCUUGGCAGCAAUUAGUCUUGCAGGGAGUAGCCGCAUCCGUUUCACCUUCUACUUUACUUUCCUACAGGAAGGCGUGGACUGAAUUUUUAACUUUCUCUUAUCAGUCCAUGUCCAUCCAGCUUAGCUCAUCUCUGGUUUCUUCACAGGUCCUCCAGUAUUUGGCGCACCUUUUUCAAUUGGGGCGGGCUAUGAGGACACUCCGGAUCCAGGCUGCCGGGAUUUCCUUCUUCUGUAAAGCCUUUUUUAAUAAGGAUCCUUGUGCCAAGUUUGUGGUGCGCAAGGCUUUGGAGGGCUGGGGCAGGCUCUGCCCCUCGCGCUCACAAGGAAGGAGGCCCAUUUCCUUUGAUUUGCUAACUAAGAUGUGGGUAAAACUGAGAGCAGUUUGCUGGAACAAGUAUGAGGCCAGGCUUUUCCCCACCACCUUUUUCAUGGCUUUCUUUGGUGCCUUGAGGGUUUGUGAGGUGGUGCUUGAGGAAGGUCGGGGAGGAACGUCCAGAGGGUUGCUGUUGCAGGAUGUCUCCUUAUCCUCCUCAGAAGUGGUCUUGUCAGUCAGGAGUUCUAAGACAGACCAGUUAGACCAAGGUGCCACUGUGAGGUUACCUGCUACAGGGAACCCAGGCCCUUGCCCGGUGAAGGACACCUCCAGAUACUUGUCCCUCAGACCCCAAGGGGAGGGGCCGUUCCUAGUUCAUGAGAAUGGUCUUCCUUUGGCCAGGCAUCAGUUUACUAGAGUAAUGCGAAAGGUUAUUGCUGCAUGUGGCCAUCCGGCUGCUGAAUAUGCGCCGCACUCUUUCCGCAUAGGGACUGCCACCACAGCUGCUCACUGGGGACUGUCAGCUGAGAGAAUUAAGAAUUUGGGUCGAUGGAGUUCCAAUGCAUACAGAGGUUAUGUGUGAAGGGGGCGUUGAAUGGUUUGUGCUGAUAUGUGUCUGUUUUCGCUUCUUAGGUAUAGCAGCAGUUCGGGUUUGGAUUGUAGGCCAAAGCAUUGUCCACUGGGCCGGCAUCAGAGCUCGGGAGUCUGGACUUGGAGCAGCACUUGGCCUUCCCCAUCAUGUGCAGGUGUCUUGGCUGUCCAGACGAGGAAUGCUGUGGGCCAAAUUGCUUCCAAUGAUACACCCCUGUGGGGUGCCACAGGGUUCUGUCUUGGGCCCGGUCUUAUUCAACAUCUUUAUCAACGACUUGGUUGAUGGACUCAAGAGCAUCCUGAUCAAAU